AAACACGCGCUGAUGGAGCAGGUAGCCCACCAGACCAUCGUCAUGCAGUUCAUCCUGGAGCUGGCCAAGAGCCUGAAGGUCGAUCCCAGGGCUUGUUUCAGGCAGUUUUUCACCAAAAUUAAGACGGCUGACCAGCAGUACAUGGAGGGCUUCAAUGACGAGCUGGAAGCUUUCAAAGAACGGGUGCGAGGUCGAGCCAAGGUUCGCAUCGAGAAGGCGAUGAAGGAAUACGAGGAAGAGGAGCGGCAGAAACGCCUGGGCCCCGGCGGGCUCGACCCCGUGGAGGUGUACGAAUCCCUCCCGCCCGAGCUGCAGAAAUGCUUUGACGUAAAAGAUGUGCAGAUGUUGCAGGACACGAUCAGCAAAAUGGAUCCCACGGAGGCCAAAUACCACAUGCAGCGAUGCAUCGAUUCGGGGCUCUGGGUCCCCAACGCCAAGACGGGCGAGGGUGCCGAGAAAGGAGGUGGCGAAGCCCU